UCGUAAACAUCGUAUUGGUGCCUGAUAUUAAUUUUGUGAAUAGUGCCUUUUGGAUUAUUUUAUCACCAUGCCUGUGUCAGAUGCCAAGAAAAAUUACUCCAAGUGUCCACUGAAGAAACGUCCAGUUUUUUAUGAAGAAACUUUAGAUGAACCUGAAAACUUGAGCACAAAGCCUGAAGACUUAAUCAAAACUGGCCGUCUCUCUCCAGAGUCAAUCCCAGAUUCAUCACCAGCAUCACCACGUUCCCUUGAAACGUCGUCGCCAAUCAGAUCUUCACCAUCACCGGAUCACUAUUAUCAAGCACAAAUGAGACCUGAAAUCUACCCAACUUCAUUCUCCCCGGAAUAUUCGCCACAAACAUGGCACAGAAGUGUGGCUCCAACAUACCCACAUGGAUACCACUUCUUGACCUACCCAUAUCAUCACGAAUACAUGUACCCACAACACGUUGCUUCACCAAUCAGGCCACAACCUCUUCAACCUGUGGCUCUGAGACCGAAUGUGUAUACUUCAAUUGACCAACAUUCCUUAAGUCCAUCGUCGACGGCUUCGCCACCACCGCAACAACAAGAAAACAAACAACCAACCAGAUACGAAUGCACCGACUGCGGAAAAAUCUACUCCACAUGCUCCGGACUAACGAAACACCGCCAGUUCCACUGCUCAGCAGGCGACGCACCGAAGAAGAUCUUCAGCUGCAAGCACUGCGAGAAAACCUACACCUCAAUGGGAGCCCUAAAAAUGCACAUCAGAACCCACACGUUGCCCUGCAAAUGCACAAUUUGCGGAAAAGCAUUCUCCAGACCGUGGCUUUUACAAGGACACAUUCGUACUCACACUGGAGAGAAACCGUUUUCCUGCACCCACUGCAACAGAGCCUUCGCCGACAGAUCCAACUUGAGGGCUCACCUCCAGACACACUCAGAAAUUAAAAAGUACUCGUGUAGUAGUUGCUCCAAAAGCUUUUCCAGGGUUUCUUUGCUGACCAAGCACACUGAAACUGGUUGCACUGCUAGUCACAUGGUUUAAUUGUUUAUGUUAAAUUAAAAUUGUUAAUGUUUAAUUGAGAACAAUCAAAAUUGCAUUCCAAAACUGUUUUGUAAAUAGUGCCUUUCAAAAGACUGACGGAACAAAGUAUUUGUAAAUAUUAGGUUAGGACUAA